AACAAUCUAUUGGUCCAGCAGGUUCCAACUACUUGCUAGCAAAGUACAGCGCGCUUCAACUUGAAGGGCAGGAUGAGUGCUAGGAGCCAUAAAGGGUUCAGCUCAUCGCAUGCCAUCCCUCCCAAUCCCACCUUUCUCGACUUUCCAAGAUCUGACGGUGACCCCAGCAACUGGCCUACAAACACUACCUUUGCUGUCGACAGCGAGGGCCAUGUAAACUACAUGCGUGUGGCUGCCCUCGAUGAAUCGUUAUCGAUCAAAUGGCGGGUCGAAGUCGGUGCAUCCCUCGCCACAAAGCUCAACAUGGCCCAGGGCAACUAUGUUUUGCAGGGAUGGCCACAGGGCUAUCAGAUGUACGACCACAACAAGGGCCCCAAAGAUAACCCUCGUCACGAUGCUUAUCUUAUAGAAUUUAUUCCACACGCCCUAUGGCUGCUUACAGACCCCACACUUGACCGCAGUAACUGCAACUGCAAAUAUUGCAAUAAAAAACCCCAACUUCCUCCAGUCCCUAGAUUGAAACGGCAGCCCCAGCCACUCAAGGAAAAACCAGCUCGGGAUCAAGAGAAAAGCACUCGCGACAAGGAGAGAUUUAGACCAUAUUUCGGUGUGCGUCGCGCACCAAAACCUGUCAAGCAGCCCGCACCAAAGCAGAGCAUGCUCAGGGAGCGUCACGCCGACUUGAGCUGCGCCUACGGCCCCGAAGUCAAAGUUCGCCGAUGGUUCCGUGACGGUGAACUCCUCUGGUGUGCAUUGGACACCCCGAUCGAGGGUCCCAGCGGCCCGGGCGGAGAAGAUUCCAUCUUUUUCUGGCCAGGAAUUGUCGAAGAGACGAGAAUGAAGCCUACACCCAUUCCAAAGGAUAUAGAGAUGGGUGCUCUUGGCGGACCAUCUAAUGUACCAAACCCCAACUCAUCCAACUCCGACGAGGAAGUGCCUUGGAUCAUCCGACACGAUCUUUCUUAUAAGAUGAAGCUCCUUGGUAUUUCCCAUACCGUGUAUAUUUCAGAUCAAUGUGUUCUUCCAUACCAAUCACUAUCCAUGAGGUAUCUUAUGCUGGACCUCGACCCAGACCCCGUACGCACUUCCACAUUCAACCCUUACGCCACCUCUCGGGAAAAAAUCCCCUUUGCAAAAGCAGCAGCUCCGUACGGCAUUGCGCUCCAGAUCGGCGCAAAUAUCUCUGGGUAUUGGGCACCUACGGAUGACUGGGAAUUCAAAUUCACCCUCGAUCACCCCAACACCGGUCCGCCAAGAUCAGCCAGCAUACACCAAAGCCUCGAUUCAGUGAUGAACUUGAGUAUGGCCUAUAACGCUAACCUUGCAUCCAUGGUGGCGCCCUCUGGCUCCGGCUCUCACACGCCGAGUAUCUCUGCACCAAUGCCUCCGCUGGUACUGGGUCAGACGAUCGUGCAGACGCGCUACCAGGGCUUGUGGUGGGGCGCAGAGCGCAUUUGGACAGACGAGCUCGUUCGGCUCAAAUUCUCGCGAGGGCAGGUCGCUCCCAAAGGAAAUGACUGCAUCAAUGCGCCCGCUGGUCCAAGCAGGAAGGCGCGAGCGUACGCGGAAGCUACGAGCGGCCAAGUCGGCGGUGCCGAGGGGCGGGGCGUAUUCAUGCGCAUUGAAGGUUUGUUCGUCGCGGAUCCGCCGAGUGGCAGGGGAUCCAAAGUCUGCCAUGCAGUGGGGACGCUGUACGAACUCGUAGAUGAAGACUGGGAUGAAAACCUGGACAGUUUAGAGAUGGUGGUUGGGAAGGGUAAGGGUAAGGCGGCCGAAAAUGGCAGUGCAAGCUUUGAUGGGACACCUGCGAUGGAUGGUGUACCAGAUGAACUCUUAUUCAUGACUGGUCCAUCCCCACUGAGACCGCCGCCACUCGCAAACCCAGAUCCAGCGGUGCCCAUUGAAGGCACGACAACAGACGUUCUCUCACACAGUAAUAUGGCUGGCGCGCAGUCUGUCUCCGCCUCUUCCGCACCAAAACGUGAUGCGAAUAGCGCACUCUCGCAUCCAGUCCUGAGUUCCUUCGUAUUGCCUAAGGCGCCCGAUGGGUUCAAGUUCCGCCCCAUCAUGAAGCCAGGCACUGAGAUUGUCGUGGAUCUGACGUGGAUCGCGGGGCGGUACUACCCAGGCCUGCUCGAGCACCGGCUGCUUGACAGGCACGUCGAACGAGCGCUUGCCGCGGGCGGGACGCAGUUGUGGGCGCUUGAGGGUCUGACGGCAGGGUGCUAUAAUGCAAUGGACCCGACGAAAUGGAAGCCUACGCGCACGGCGAUGGUGCGGGAGGCGGAUAGUGGUGCGCGGGUGGCGCUAGAGGCGCACUGGAAGAACAAGGAGAAGGAGCGUCAGGAGGCGAAGCUACUGGAGGAUACGCAUUUGCCGCCGGUGGUGCUGUCGGGAAUGGAUGAUGGUGCAGGGGGAUCAGGAUCUAAUGGUGUUGGGGCUACUGCGCCGGGAUCAAGCGGUGAUGGGCAGGGUUAUGUAAACGGCAACGAGGAGAGAAUUGAGUGGAAAGCCCUUGCGAAUGGGAUGCUGGAGGACAAUGCGAUGUCUGUUGAUUAGUGAGCUGGUGACUGUACAUCUUUAUGUUCCUUACUUGCCAUACAAGUACCACUGAUAAUUUGUUUUCACUGUGCUAUCGUAGGCUAUCAUGGAAUGUACCAUACGUGGAGAGUCCGAAGUUACCCACAAUGAGUGCACCGCAUUGGAUUUCGUCAAGAGCAAGGGUUGUCGUUUAUUCAUCAUUGACCGACUGGCAAGCACCGCUUGGCGUUCCUUCCGAAAGCUAUGUUCGUAGUUGUAUGCUUGAGACCCUGACAAACCCCCUUUCACCGCAACUUCGCCGUGUCUUGACUCUGUACACACGCGCCCUCAGAUGACCGCAGCGCUAAUUUUCAUUUGUACAAUUACAGUAUUUGGUGGUUAUUGUGG